AUUACUGAACUAUACAUAAAUAUGGUGAAUGACUGAAUGUUUUGAACUGAGAAAAUGGAUGAUUUUGAAAAGAAAGAAUGCCUUCAAAUCUUGGAUCUUCUCACAUUGGAUAAUCUGUUAUCUUUGACAGACACUGUAACAAAUAGAGUCGUCAGCGCAGAAAAUAAGGAAGAGGCUCUGAGUGCUAUUAUGCUCUACACAAGAAGCAGCGAAGAACUGCUCCGAAGAAGAAAAGUAAGACGGGAAAACCUCUAUGAGUAUCUUGCCAAACAGGGCCACAUUGAGCAUCCUGCCGCAGAUAAAAACACUUUGCUUAGAAAGGUCUUGAAAUUCUGGGAAUUAAAGAAACAAGGAAAAGAUGUGAAGGAACUUGGUGAUACAGGCUUCAUUUUAGCCCAGCCUGGGGACAGAGUAACUGUUGGCUACACUGACCCAGAAACUCAACCAGAGAACAGUGAUGAAAAUGGUCCAACAAUGACAGUUAUUAAAAGAGAAGACACCAGCCCAAUAAAUAUUACAAGUGAAGAUAAUAGUUCACUUACCCCAGAAGAAAAAUCCUCAGAAGCCAGUGAAAGUCAAGAUCUUGCUAUACACUUCUCCUCAUGGUUUUAUAAACUGCUCAAUUCUUUAUCUUCAACUCCUGGAACAAUCCCAACUGACUGGGGACCACAGCACUUCUGGCAGGAUGCAAAGCUAAUGGUGCAAUGUAACGAACCCUCUGGCCUUCAGGAGACCACGGUGGACAGCGCUAAUCUUGUAAGCGAGAAGUUUCUCUCAAUGGUCGUCGUUGAUCGAUUGUGCUUCAACCCCAACCUCUCAAACGACAGCAUCAAAGGAAAACGAGAUUCUCAUGGACUCGUUGUUGUAAUGGUUGGUGGAACUGUGCAUCGCGGGAAAGAAUACUUGGGCGUCUUUGAGCAAUCCUUCGGACUUAUUCGGGAUCCAACUGAGGAAAAUAACUGGAAAAUUAAGUUCUCAAAACUUAUGUUAAAAGCAUCAGGUUCAUGUCCUAACAACCGGCUGGAAAGCCCAGUAAAUCAGGUUCAAGGAACUCCCUGAUGUAAAUAUACAGUUUUCCCCGGGUAGAUUUAGUUGAUGUGGCCAGUCAAAUGUAGUUUCAAUAAAAAUUAGUUAUAUACAUUUUCCGGCUGUGACUGUGUGAUAUGUAAGUCUGCGC